AUGCAGGACGCCUACCUGAUGCCUACCAGCCAGGCCGGCGGUCGUCGGACCAGCGCCGAUUAUCGACCCAGCAUAAAAAAGGCCCAGGGCCAUGUCCCCGCGUGCCUGGUCAAUGCCUCGGUGACGUACUGCAGCAAUGAUCGCAUUUAUGCGUUCGGGGGUUUUGACCAGUUUACUGAUGAAGUUUACAACCACGUGCUCCGGCUGGACUUGGAGACUUUGCGCUGGGAGCUCGUGGACAACUAUGGCGAUAUCCCCGGAGUUCGCAUGGGGCAUACGGCGACAUUGUACCAAGGGGAUAAAUUGAUUGUGUUUGGAGGCGAAAAUGAGCAUCGCGAAUACCUCUCCGACGUUGUCAUCCUUGAUCUCAAUACCUUCACCUGGGCACUCCCCGAAAUUCGCGGGUCGAUCCCGCGUGGCCGCGCCCGCCAUGCUGCCGUCAUUCACGAAGACAAGCUUUUUAUUGUGGGCGGAGUGACAGGUGUGGGAGGCGUGACAGGGGAGAAGAAUGUGAUAUUGGAUGAUUUGACCUAUUUGGAUCUACAAACAUGGACUUGGUCUCGGACAUGGAGCUUCACUGCUCGCUUCGAUCAUACCGCUUGGGUUUGGGGCACACGGCUGUGGAUAUUUGGUGGAUUGGGUCCGAACAUGGAACGGACUACUGAUAUCUGGUGGCUCGACCUCAAGGGAUCUCCUUCGUUGGCUGGAAACACCACUCCCCAAGACUCUAUAUCUAGUCCUCAUCAAAUGUCUCCCCGCUCCGGAAUCUACGCUGCCAAUUCAGGCAGUGUGCAGGUACGCAAUUUGGGUCGACGCAAGCCAGUCGCGCCCGGUGCCAUAUCUUGUCUUAGGUUUGAUUCUGGUCCUCAUGUCCCCUCCUUGUUUUCUGGUACUCAUUUUCAUUCAUUCGCCUCUGGUGUCCUGCUCGACCUAAUCACGCCGUCGGAGACCGUACGGUCGCAUGAUUGUAACCUGUCGGCUCUGGACCUCAACUCGCUGCGCUGGCAACGGCUGGCUGAUGGUCAAGAGAUCUUUCGGCCGGGAUAUCGAUGGCACUAUUGCACAGUCAAUGACACGGGUACCAAAGCAUGGCUCUUGGGAUGUAGUCUUGAUAUCGCGAAUGUACCAGGCGGAAGCGACGAGAAUCAUAUGAGUGAAGUCCUGACUAUCGAUUUGGAAAAGUAUGGUUUACUAGGUAACGGACUGUCGUCAGAACCCCCCGAACAAGGCGCACCUUGGCCGUCAGAUCCAAUGGGCUCCUCUCAGGUUUCCGGGCUCGGGACCGAUCUAGCCGCUGUUUUCGACGAACCUCCUGAGUCUGGAAGUGGUACAGACUUUGUCAUCACUGCUAUUCGUGACGAUCAUGACGGGUCCAUAUCGGAAGAUAUGGGCGACACGCCGUCCGUUUCCCCAACCCAGACCCAGCCGACCUUUGUGGCGCAGAACCGCUGGACCUCAGAGCCCAUCCAUGUCCAUCUUAUCAUUCUCCAGGUCAGGUGGCCACAUUUCAAACGCCUGUACUCCGCCCAGAUGGCUGAGUACCACACCAAGCGGAUGCACAUCCCCGAGCCUUAUUCUGUCGUGCGCGCGUUUCUCUACUACCUGUACACAGACAGUAUCUCCGGCCAUCCAGACUAUUGCUUGAGUGCCAUCGAUGUGGCGGGUAUGCUUGUUAUGGCCAAUCUUUAUGACAUGCCGAAGCUUCGUCUGCUGUGUGUCAAUAGGUUAAGCCAAGAGCUUGACGUAGACAACGCGGCCAUCAUUUGGGAACGUGCGGGGCGGACCAAUGAACACUGGUUGAUGCGCCGAGCAGCACAGUUUUGCAUGACAUACUGGGGCCGUGUGGUACGGACAGACGGGUUUAAAUCCCUCAGCCACCAGAGUUUGAUUCAACUCUGCGAAGUGGUGGAUACAGAAGGUCGCGUCUUCGCAGGGCCUGAAUUGGAGAUGGUCACAUUCGGAGCAGAUUGCCUAAGUGACCGAGAUAAGACCUCUCGAAUGCGGCUGGGAUCUACUGCCGAUGAGAUGUCCGAGGCCGACGCAGACGAUGAAGGGAUGGAGAUCUCAUGA